GGAAUUUUUAUAUUGAAUGUUAAAAGACAAUAAAGGAUGCCUUGCGUGUAUAAAUGUUGCCUGUGGUUCUCUUUAAGGCUCGGUAAUAUUUUAAUUGCGGUUUUUUCGACUGUAAAAUCCUUGAUAUUAAUUGGCCUACUGUUGACAAUUGGGAGAGAUAAAUUAUGGACAAUCCUAAGGGCCAUUUCAACCAAUUUGGAGUUUACUAAGGAAAACACUGAAUUUAUUACCAAUAAAUUUGAUUCAAUUUACACCUUUGCAAUCAUUUUUUACCUGCUCAACUGUAUCACCAGCGUAAUGCUAGGAUUCGGUGCAUAUUUGUACAACAGAUGCCUCUGCUUCCCGUUCAUAAUCCUCCAAAUUAUUUAUUUCAUAUUGGGCUUCUAUCCUUUCGCCAUUUUCUUCAGAUAUUUGACUUUUUUGGCAUUCGAGUCUGUGGAUGACGAGCAUAGGGCCAAACUGAGCUUACCCGCCAUGAUUGCAAUAGUAACUACCGUAUAUCUGUAUGUUGCAUUUGUAUUAUAUAUAACAGCUUGCUCCUACAGUUUUACAGAAGUAGUAAGGAUAUUAAAGAAACAAGUGGAAGAAGGAACAGCACGCAGCACCAACUGUUUUUAAGAUCAAUUAUUAUUGAGGUAAAUAAAACAAUAGAUUUAUUUGUGUUUUAUUACCACUUCUUUACAUUUACAUAAAAUUUAUUUGGCAUUAUUAUUAAUAUGUUUUUAUAUAAUGUAUAUGUAAUAUGGUAAAAAACGAAAUUAUUCAUGGCAAUUGUCGCAUUUGCUUAGGGCUCAUGUGCAUUUGUCAUUGAAAAAAAGAAUCCUACUAUUUUUGAUUAAAGUGAAAUAAAUUAACAAUCGAUUCCCGGAUAUCAGAUUCAAGGGUUUUCGUGCCAAAGAAUUGAUUAAAAGUCGAUUAAACCCUGAAGAGAAUUUACCUAGGACUGAAACCUAUCCAUAAACAUAAAAAGCGUCGUUUUACGAUAAUUUAUUAACGGUUUUCCUCUUAAAGUUGUUAAGUUUCUAGGUGCGUUUCUUUAACUUCUUUAUUAUUUCUUAAAUUAAUUAAUUCUUUUUUUUCUGUGAACGCUUUUUAGCCAUAGGUUCUGAACUGUCAAUAAACAUAAAAGGUGUUACCUAAUAAA